UAAUUUGUUUACAUUUAUUGUCACUCAAAAUGGAUUUAAAUACGUUGCUGCAGCGCGCCCAGAACCUGACAAACGAGGCCAAAGCCGAGUACGAGAUGCCUCAGGUGGAGCGUACGCUCCAACAGGUGUUGCAGGCCACCACGGACCUACACUCGCGCGUCACUCAGUCCAGCAACAAAGAUAUACAAGCGCAUAUACUGCUCGGUUCCAAGGGCAUAGAUCUUCCCAAGCUUACCCAAAAGCUGGAGGCGCUCAAUGCACGAAAAACCUUCGAACCGGUCGAUGUGGUUGGGGCUGACACGGAUGUGUGCACGUUCCUGAAAAACGAGCGCGAGAACGCCAUACUUUCAGUGAUUGAGGAUACCAAUAAAAACAUAAGUGAGACGGUGAGCAAACAGAAGUGGGUGAACCUGAACAGCACUUGGAAUGAGGAGAAAAGCCGGUUGCUGGACGCCCUGAUUGGACCCUCGCAGAACUUUAUCGAUCUGCAGCGUCUGCCAGAGCACAUUACCCUCGAUCCCAACGUGCCGAUAAGCAGAUGCCUCAGCCCAAUGGAGCUUAUCUACGCCCAGGAGCUGCGCCACUAUAACGAACUGCUGCUAAAGGGCGCCCACCGACCAAAUCUUGUGCAGAAGUUCGCCGUGUUGACCAGCAGCUUUGGCGAUGAUCGGCUGACGGACAUGUGGUCAACGGUGGCCGCCGUAACGCAGGUGAACGAGCCCCUCCACAGCGAUCCCAUCAAAGCUCGCCAGCAGCGGCCAGAGUUUGUUAUUAACGCCAAUUCGUGUCUCGAGAGGCACUACAAGAUCUACAUGUGCACCCUGGUGGGGGCUGCCCACUCCAGCAAUUGCUAUCAACUGGUACGUGCCUAUGUGACCAAUCGAUUCAGCACUCAGCAGACAAUCGGCCUGGUGGACACGUUGGAGGACAAGCCACUGUGGCCCAUGGUCUACUAUUCCCUGCGGUGUGGAGCAGCAGAGGCGGCUGUGGAAUUCCUGCACGAGGCCGGACCCAGUUACGAAGACUUUGCCCAGGUCAUCGCUGAUCGCAGCGCGGGCGCCGUGAAUUCGAGGACAGAGACACAGCUGAAGCUGCAGUACGCCAACAAGAUUAAGAACUCCACCGAUGCAUAUAAGAAGGCAGUAUACUGCUUAAUCCUGGGCUGCGACCCCAACGAGUUGCACGGCGAGGUGGCCAAGACUAUCGACGACUAUUUAUGGAUCAAGCUGGCUAUGCUCCGUCCCGGGGAUGCCGCCGGCUAUGGUAGGCUCCAGUCGGAGAUCCUCGAGAAGUAUGGAGAAAAGCAUUUCCAUGCCAGCAACCAGACUGACGUCUAUUUCAAAGCCCUGGUUCUUGUCGGCCUUUUUGAAGCCUCGAUUGAGCUACUGGCCCGCAAUGGUCAAUCCGUUCAUGCCGUCCACAUGGCCAUUGCCCUGCACGAGCUGGGAGUGCUGGGCGGAGCCCGCAGUGUCUCGCAACCGUUGCUGUCCAUCGACAUCGCCGACCCUCAGCCGCUGCGCCGCCUCAAUCUGACGAGAUUGGUCCGGCUGUACGCGCAGCGCUUCGAGCGCACGGAUACGACGGAGGCUCUUAACUACUACUUCACCCUACGUUGCUUGCGAGAUCCGAAGGGCCGGAACAUGUUCCUCACCUGCGUCUGUGAUCUGGUGGUAGGCAGCGGGGCGCUGGAUACCAGCAUUUUCGACUUGAUAUUCGGCCAGCGGAUGACUGAUGCCGACGAAGAGGUUCCAGGAGGAGUAUUCCGUCAAUUUGACUGUCCGGAGUUCGACACGAACACCACGGCCUCGCUGAUCGCAGAAGAGCUGGUUGCCCGAGGCAGCUUCGAAAUGGCCGUGCGGCUUUACGAGUUGGCUGGCAACUACAACCUCGCCCUGAAGCACUUCAACAUUCUUCUGGCACAGGUCGUGCAGUUGUCGCCGCAGGAGGGAUCACAGCGGGCCCGUCUUCGAGACGAGGCUAAUCGAUUUAGCAGACUCUUGGCAGCCCUCCGUAUGGAUGUCGAGCCCAAAAUAAGGGGCAGCUUUGCACUGCUGCAGCUGCUCCUCGUUUUCUUUGACCUCCAUCAUGAGGGGAAGCUGGUCCAAGCUCUAGAACAGCUGCAGCGCACGAAGCUGAUGCCAAACACCACGGAUGAUGUGGAGGGCUGUUUGACCACCAUCAAGAAACUCAGCGGAGAGGUCAUCAAGGUGAUCCCCGACGUGAUGGUGGCUGCCAUGGACAUCACACUCACCCAGUACAACCAGUUGAAGCCGUCGGACACCUGUAGCUCGAAUCAGCUGCAGUUGCAGCUCGAAAAGUUGCGAGUGCGGGCCAAAGCAUUGUCCAACCUCGCCGCCAGCAUGCCUUUCCGCAUGCCCUACGAAACCAACAAACGUCUGAUGCAGCUGGAGCUGAUGAUGCACUAGAAUAAAACAUGAAAAUGUACUCCUCC